UCGUCACUGAACGUCUGUUGUUCGCAUUCGCUUGUGACAGUGGGCUGCUUUGAUUCAUGCUGUUGUGGAGUCUCCUUUUUGGAUUUGGAGGACAAUUAAUGCGGGCAAAACAAGGCGCAUGAAGGAUGAUGUCUGCUGUGUGAAGUGUGUUAUGUCUGGACCCUGUGACUAUGACGGGACCCAGCUGAUGAAUCACAGGACACGGUGGAUGGAGAGCGGGAUGGCUAAUACCUUAAAAGAUGAGAAGAUGAAUGUGGAGGCUCUAAGCAGAGCGGAGCUGCUGACUCUCCUCAGUGUCCUGGAAGGAGAGCUGGAGGCCCAGGAUGUGGUCAUACAUGCCCUGAGGGCUCAGCAUAGAGAUGCUUUCGUCCAGGAGCGCUAUGGCGAGUAUGACCUCAGCGACCCCUUCCUUGCCCUGCAGCGGGACAGCGAGUCCUCCGAGCGCCAAAACACGCUCACCCAGUCCCACACACACCGGCAGGGUCGGGCGGUGGGACCCAACCCUCUGGCGGUGCUCAAACUGGUCAUGGCUCACUGCAAGAAGAUGCAGGAGAGGAUGAUGGGACAGCUGGCUUCUGCUGAGAGCAGACACAGGAGGAUGAUCGCUGAUCUGGAGGAGGAAACGCGACAGCGUGCUCAGGAGUCUGCACAGAAUGAUGACUUCACCUUCAUGCUGCAGACGGAAAGGGAAAAACUGCUGCAACAGCUGGAAGUGGAGCGUGCGGCAGUGCAGAAGCUAGAGAAGGAACAAGCACAGGCCGUAAGCCAGGUGGCCGAGUCACUGUCCCAGCAGCAACAGCUCUCAUCAAACCUGACUCUGGAGCUCCAACAGGCCAUCAGCCAGGCGCAGGAGGAGGCUCAAAAGGUCUCCCAACUUCGCACUUUGCUCCAGGAGGAGACCAGUGCCCUGGAGAAGCUCCGUGGGGUGCUUGAAGAUGAGAAGAGCAGGGCGGCGCAGCUAAAGGGCACGUCUGAAAGGCAGCUGGCUGAGUUUGACGCAGAGAGAGAGCAGAUGAAAGCCAGGAUCGCCGAAGAGGAGGAGAGGAGCAGGGAGCUGGAGAGACAGCUGGAGGAGCUGAGGAGGAGGUUGGCUGAAACGGGAGGCGGUAAAGACGUGGUAAAAGAGGCCGAGAGGGACGGGAGGGAUCCGCUUCCCUCGGUGGUGUCCACAUCUGUUCAGACUGACGGAAAGAUAACGGUCGCCCCUAAAUCCUCCUCCCUGCCAAAGGUCAACGGCCAUCACGCUCAUAAAGAGUCAGAACCCGCGCAGGAGGCCAGAGGACCGGAGAACGGAGGGGUGAUGGAGAACGGGGGAGGUGCACUUUUGCACUCCCCUCUUCACCCUCAUCCGCACCCUCCCUCUCCCUCCAGCACGGCCUCCUCUUCCCUCUCCUCUUCGCCCAUCUCCUCGCCCGUCAUGGCCAAGCGGCUGGGCAGCCCAGGCUUCCACCAGUCCUCCUACCAGGCUGGCGUCAACCAGCGAUUCCACGCCGCCAGGCACAAGUUCCAGAGCCAGGCUGAGCUGGAGCAGCAGCUGCACGGUGGCCCUCUUUCCCCCAGGGACCUUUCCCCCACCACCUCCUCCUCCUCCUCGAUCCCGCCCCCACUAGAGCACAGCUCAGCGAAGCAGCUGGCGCGAAACACUGUCACUCAGGUGCUGUCCCGCUUCACCAGCCAGCAGGCCGGCGUCAAGCUGGCAACAAUCAGCAGCUCUCCGUUCGGCACGGACUACCGCAACAUAGCAGCAACUCCUCCAGGGGGGAGGUCUCCUUCUUCGGGGCCUCUAUCUCCGGGCAUCCGCUCCCCACUCACCCCUCGCUCAGAGAGGACCCACGCUCCUCCGAUACCGCCCAAGAAGCCCGGCAUGAGUCCAACUCCGGGCUCCCCGAGUCACUCGGCCCGGGCCAGCCUCUUCCCGGAGCUGACGGGGAACUGUGGACACGGCAGCAGCGAGCAGGAAGGAGCCAAAGAACCCGACCUGGUUUUAUCUUCCAGCAGCUAACGGGCAGAUCAUACAAACUAACCGGUCAAUAAGUCGGUCCUGAGUCGGCAGUCCCUGUAAUCAUCGUCUAUGCCAGCCUUUAAAUCCACUUUAUAGCACUCGUAAUCAGUAGGAGACUGAACUGGUUCAACCAAAUGCAUUCAAGAGUUUGUCACCUAAAACAAGCAGAAAAUAACUUUAAAAAAAAUAGUAUAAUAUGAUUUUUUUUUUGUUAAGUUGAUUAAAUAAUAUCCCAUGAAUAUUUCUAGCUUUACUCUUUUAUAUAGAUUUUUUUUCUACGUUCUAUUUUACUUUUAACUUGUAUUGUAUAUUAAGAAACCAUAUCAAUGAGCUAAAGACCUGUUUGGUUUUGAAGAAAGACUUUUUAACAAGAUUUUACAGUACAAACACUCCUUUUUUUAAUUCUAACAUGAUGCAUUAUUUGAGCAUGAAGAGAAAAGAGACUUAUGUCAGAAGCAACACUGUAUAGCAAGUCAAAGGGCUGAAGUAAAUGGAUGUAGAGUAUAGCAAAUGUGUACAUUUCACCAUAAACUAGUGAGUAGUUUUAAAAUGUUUCAAUCAAUCCGUAUGCAGUUCCUGAAGACAUCCCGAGGUAGUCUAUGAAAACACUAUUAGACUGUAAAUAGUUUAGAGAGUUCAGUUUAUUCGUUGUAAUUGAACACAUGCACAUGCUGUUUUCUUUCUUGAACACUUGUCAUUAAUACACUGAAUAUUGUCCUUAAAUCGGGCACACUUUUUACAACAAUACUGUAAAAUAUUGUACGUCAACAAUUUAUAUUGAUUUGAUUCAGGGAAGUUUGACUUCUGCCUUACCCAAACCAAGGAUUGUAUCACGAUGUUGUGACAAUUCUUUGGGGACAUUUCAUCAAAGGACAUGAUGGGGACAAAAAGGUUUGAAUCUUGCUACUUUAACUGUUCCUAGAGUAACUGUCAAAAUAAUUGACUUAGUGUUGUGCGACACAUGUUUCUUUAGGUUUACUGUGCUUUUUAAAAAUCUCUAAAAUUAAGAGUUUUAUGAAUUUAAAUCUGUAGAUUUAUACAUUGUUUGUGAGAGGCAUUGUUUCCAACAGUCUCUUGUAAUAAAUAUGCAUAUCAUAAAUACCUGCAAUAUCUAGUCAUGUUUUAUU